AACUGGUGCAACAUCGGCGCUCUCCCUCCGAAGUAACUGGUGGCGUUGGCUUGUGGUGGAUGUGAGACGGUAGCCCAGCCCAGCUGCCCGCCUAUUCCCCUCCCUUCCCAGCUCGGUCGGUCUCACUUGGUUUGCCUGCAGCAUUCGCCUCCACGGCCAGGUUUUACUUCAGAGAUGGCUGCGAAAGUGUGUAGGUCGGUUCUUUUUUUGUCCAGGAGCAGCGGAACGGUGGCUGCCACCUUCCCCGUACUUGGUGUCUCAUCACAGCGGCAUCGUCAGCACACAAGAUCGCGGGAGGCGCUGUCCGUUCCUCUUGCCCACCAGAGUGUCAGGAGAGCACAUAGAUCUUCCCUCUUCUCGCAGCCGCCCACUUCCCUGUCGUCCCAGGUCUGGAAGAGCGGCCCCACAUGGCAGGCUCAGAGAUUGCUAUGUUCCUCUCCCCCACCAGAAGAGGUGACGGUGCUGUACCAGAAUGGGCUGCCGGUGAUCUCGGUGAGUCUGCCGUCGCGACGUGAGAGAUGCCAGUUCACACUGAAGCCCCUCAGUGACUGUGUUGGAGUCUUCCUGCAGCAGCUACAGCAAGAGGACCGCGGCAUCGACCGCGUAGCUAUCUACUCCACAGAUGGUGUGAGGGUGGCCUCCUCCACAGGUAUUGACGUGCUGCUGCUGGAUGACUUCAAGCUGGUCAUCAAUGACACCACGUACCUGGUGCGGCCGCCAUCGAGAGAUCUGCUGGCCCAUGAGCAGGCGGAGCGUCUGAACGACGUGAAGUUCCUGGUGCAGCAGCUGUACACCACGCUGCGCAUCGAGGAGCACCAGCUCGGCAAAGAGAGGGAGCUGAUUGGCCGGCUAGAGGACCUGCAAUCCCAGAUCCGCCCCUUGGAGAAGGUGAAGGCGGACUUGAGCCGCAAGGCGGAGCGUCGUACCACCUGGGUGCUGUGGGGGGGCAUGGCCUACAUGGCCACCCAGUUUGGCAUCCUGGCGCGCCUCACCUGGUGGGAGUACUCCUGGGACAUCAUGGAGCCCGUCACCUACUUCAUCACAUAUGGCACCGCCAUGGCCAUGUAUGCCUACUUUGUGCUCACGCGCCAGGAGUAUGUGUACCCUGAUGCGAGGGACAGGCAGUACCUGCUCUUCUUCCACAGGGGGGCCAAGAGUAAACGCUUUGACAUCGAGAAAUACAAUAAACUCAAGGAGGACAUCGCCGAGGCUGAGUUGGAUCUGAAGCGUCUGCGAGACCCUCUGCAGCUCCAGCUCCCAGUCCAGCAGCUCACCUCCCCCAGCAAGGAUUGAUGGGACGGAAUCAGCCUCCUCCUCCUCUCCUCUCUUCUCCUUUCUCCAUCCAUCCAUCCAUCCAUCCAACUCUCCUUUCCUCAAUCCCGCUCCUCUCUUUCCAUCUACUACCACCAGUCUUUUUUCUUUCAUUUUUGUCUUUCCUUUUCUUUAAUCCGUCUCUUCUCUCCUCCUCAUUCUCAUUUUCCCCCUGGUCUCCUUCCAGUGGAGUAAUUCUUCACUUGCUCAGUGAAGGGACCUUUUAUUUUCCUCCUCCCCCCCCCGAUCCAUUUUUCUUUCCUUUUUUGCUUUUUUGGGCAUUUCUGGCUGCAAUGAGCGUGGACGGCGAGUGGCGAGAGCGAAGCGUGAAAAGAACAGAUCAGAAGGAUGUGUGUCCGAAGAGAGCCGAGCAUGCUAACGAGAUCAGCGCUACCGGCAACGCAAGCGUCGUGGAAACGCAGCGUCAUGGAAACCCCAGCGCCAUGACAGCAGAAGGACAUGGAAGCAAACGAAUGAAUGAAUUGGACAAUGGGUUGAUAUCGGAUUGAUGAGCAAACACGUGUAGAGUGCUUUAAGUGGAGCUCGUUAACUGAGACGACCAGAAAUGCCAGCAGCCGCCGCCAAACUUCGUCACCCCCCUUGUCACCCCCCACCACACCCCCCACCUCCAGUGAAACCUCCACGGACACCGUACACAGCAGCUCCCUGGCUCUGGCCACGUAAUGGCACAUACUCAAACAGCCUUCAGGAGAGCCGGCAACGCGUCUGAAUAUACAGGGUGCCCGAGUGGGAACUCUCAGAAGACACGCACACAUACACACACACACACACACACACACACACACACACACACACACACACACACACACACAAUUAAAUAUACAGAAAGACAAACACGCACACACAUAGCAGCACGUAUACAUAUGAUGACAUAUUUGAAGCAUGGACGUGUGUGCAGUGCUUGUAUGAGGCACAUGGAAGUUGACUGUGUUUACUGUAGAGAUCCUCAAGCAUUCGUCAGGCCCUGCAGAGAGGGAGGUGAGAUUCAGGACUCAUCCUUUAGAGUCAGUCAACUUGGGUGGAGGCGCCAACCCCAACACCACCCCACCCCAACGUAACAACCUCCCGUAUCCAGGACUGGACGUGUAUGGGUGGACCCCUCCAACCUUACACCAAAAUCCUCCAUUCCAGUCAACCUUUGUGAACCCUCAAACCCUUAGCCAACACCCCCAUACUCCCUCAUCCAGCAGCCCCCAUUCCAUGGCCGCCAUACCGGCAGGAUGCAUCCACCUCACUGCAAGAGCUGCUUGACCCUCAAAUGACCUCUCACCCUUCCUUUGUCUGGCCUGCCUACUAACCCCCCCCACCCCCACGCAAGCCCCACCCACCUUAUUUUCCAGUCAUUCUCUCCAUCUCCUAUUGGCUGAGGCUCUGAAACCCUGUCUGCUGACUGGCCUGGCCUGGCCUGGCCUGGCUUGGCCUGGCUGUACUUCCUGGUUCCAGCUACAGCCCUUUCCUGGUCUCUCUCUGUCUCUCUCUGAGCUUUGACUGACAGCUGUCCGGGCCAAUGGAAAGGGCCGAUGGUGGGUUUUUGAAAGGCUGAGCUCCGGUCCCUCAGCCUCAGCCUUGAGCUCGGUCUCAUGCUCUCUCUCUCUCGCUCUCUCUCUCUCGCUCUCUCUCUCUCGCUCUCUCUCUCCGGCGGGAGAACCUCCAACGGCCGACGGAACAUCACUGUGGGUUCUAUUAUUCCAAAAAAAGAAGAAUGGAAAAAAGAGACAAAUUCUACAUAUGAAACAUUUUGGCACUUUUUAUUUUAAAAGCCAUAUUAUAUUUGUUAUGACAAAAAAAGAGAAACAAUCAAAACAGAUUGAACAGAAAGCUUUUCUUUUUGUCUUUGUUCUAUCUCUAUUUAUCGUUCUCUCUAUCUCUCUCUUUCCCACUCAUUUUUCUCUCCAUCUCUCUCUCUCUCUCUCUCUCUCUCUCUCUCUCUCUCUCUCUCUCUCUCGCUCUCGCUCUCUUAGGAUUGUCUUGCGUUAGUCCAACUUUUGUCAAUCACAACAUAUCUGCCUGAGCCCAAUUCAGUUACCAGAACACACACACACACACACACACACACACACACACACACAUACAGGUAGCUGUCAAUAUCAGUAAUUUUGAGUUGUAAGACUAUCUUAAGACCUGCCUGACGGUGCCUGCAUGGACAAAGCUACAGUACUGGUCCCUCUGCCCACUGGAAUAGCUGUUGGUCAACAGGUGUUGAGACUGAUGCAGAGGGUAGAUGUGUGUGCUUUGGGCCUUAUGGCACUUCCUCCCCACAGGGGACUCUACUGUCCAGGAGGCUUCAUUGCACAGCCCAAACACAUCAGCCCACACAUGCAGAGAUACACGGACAGACUUGGACAUGCACACACGCCUUGUCAUUCUCACUCUCUGUUGGCAGUGGCACCCAAUGCAAAAUGAUCUGCAUUACUGUGCAUGACUGACACGCUCUCUCUCCCUGUCUCUCUGUCUCUGUCUCUGUCUGUCUCUCUGUCUCUCUGUCUCUCUGUCUCUGU